GAGAGAGAGGGAGAUGAGAUUAAAAGGUAUGUUAAUCCUUGCAACUGCGAUUAGCGUAGCAUUGUGGCAAUCCAAAGCAAAUGCAGAGGAAAAUAAAUCAUGUGAUUUGUUUGAAGGGGAAUGGUUGUCUGAAUCGUCCGCACCGUACACUCUCUACAACUACGCAUCGUGUCCGUUCAUCCAAAAAGAGUUCAACUGCCGCAAAAAUGGCCGCUCCGACGACUUGUACCUUAGGUACAACUGGCGACCAAACUCCUGCAACUUAUCAAGGUGGGACUUCAUCGAAUUAGGGGGGCAGCUCUUCAAAGACAUGGAUCGCGUCCUCGCCUUCGAGAAAGCGCUCCACACGUGGGCCGGUUGGGUCGACGACAACGUGGACCCCACCACGUCCAAAGUUUUCUUUCAAGGGAUUUCCCCAUCGCAUUACAAUGGGAUCGAAUGGAACGAGCCACGUGCGAAAUCGUGCAUAGGACAAAAAGAGCCCGUGGUGGGGCCCACGUAUCCUGGGGGUUUGCCACCGGCUCUAGGGGUGCUAAAGAAGGUGCUUGGGGCGAUGAGGAAGCCCGUCACGCUAUUGGGCGUGACGGUCCUUUCGUUGAUGAGGAAAGACGGGCAUCCCUCGAUUUACGGGCUUCCUUUGAUGGACUGCAGCCAUUGGUGCUUGCCUGGAGUUCCGGAUACUUGGAAUCAGAUUCUUUACAACCUCAUUGUUUGAAAGG